AUGACGAAUCGUGAAAUGAACAACUCAACCCACUUACCGUGGAUGGUUAGCAUAUAUAGUUCUGGUUAUGAUGUUUGUGGUGGUCCCGGUAAAUGGUCCACGAUUAGGAGGAAAAAUUUCCAGGCUCGGAUCCUCCGCUGUGACCAGUGCGACGAGGAUGCUGGAGACCACAGCGUCCGAGCGAGGAGAAUGGGUGUUGCUGCUCAAUUCGGCGGUGACGGCUCACUGGGCUGCAGUUCGGGUUGGAGGCGUUGCGCGUGGAGGCUGCGCUGCAAUGAUGGUGGGAUGUGCAAUGGCAACAGGGCGAAGGACUUGAGGCCAGCGAGAAAGGAUGCUCGCGAAGAAGGGUUGCCGUCCGGGAUUGCAGGGUUUUCCUCUAUCUCAUGUUCAGCUGGUGGUGCCCCGAAUGACAAAUCAUCUUCUACUACAACAGGUGUAACAGUUGGUGGUGCCUUAGUGGGAGCAACCACUGGAGAUGAAGAAGGAGAAGAAGAAGAAGAAGAAGAAGAAGAAGGUGUCGGUGCUUCUCUUGGUGUAGGUGCAUAUGCUGGUGAACGUGUUGGUGCAGAUAUUGGUGCCUGUCUUGGUGAGUAUGAUGGUGGAUAUGAUGGUGAUAGACGCCUAGGUAAACUGAACGGGGAAGGUGCCUGUGAUGGAGAAUAUUCAUCGUCGUCUUCUGUUAUAUCUGAAUCUGAUGGUUCAGAUUCCGGAGCAAAUGGUGAAAGUGCUGGUGAUGGUGAUGGUGAGGGUGAGGAUGAGGGUGAGGUUGAGGCUGGUGCAGGAGCAGCAGCAGAAGGAGAAGGAGAAGGAGAAGAAGAAGGUGUAGAAUCAUUACCAUCUUCAUUACCGCUCGUCUCAUCUGCUGCAGGUUCUUCAGCUGCAUCUUCAACUGAUGAAGGUGAUGGUGAUGGAUAUUGA